AAGAGGAGCAGGCGUCAGCGGUUUUGCUGCUGUGCUGCCAUUGCUGCUGUAGGGAGCUGAGCGGAGAGCUUUCGCGCGAGCUGGGAAGCCACAACAUGCCAAUCAGACCCUCCACGUGACCUGCCACUCAGAAGUGGUGAAGGGCCCUUCCUGGUCUCAGGCUUCCGGGUUGACUUUGAAGAGGAGCCAGCAUCAGCCGUUUGGGUGCUGUGCUGCCAUUGCUGCUGCAGGGAGCUGAGCGGAGAGCUUUCGCGCGAGCUGGGAAAGCCAGCAUCAGCGAUUUUGGUGCUGUGCUGCCAUUGCUGCUGCAGGGAACUGAGCUGAGAGCCUUCGCGCGAGCUGGGAAACCACAACAUGUUUGCAGUGACCUAUGAUGAUGUGCACAUCAACUUCACUUGGGAAGAGUGGGCUUUGCUGGAUCCUUCCCAGAAGGAGCUCUACAAAGAUGUGAUGCUGGAGACCUACAGGAACCUCACUAGUCUAGGAUAUGACUGGGAAGAUCAUAAUGUUGAAGAAAAUUAUCAAAUUUCUAGAAGACAAGAGAGGAACUAUAGAAACCAAACUGGAGAGAAACCUACUGAAUAUACUCGAUGUGCUGAAGCCUUUGCAUAUGGUUGUCAUUUUCAAAAACAUGAAAAACCACAUACUAGAGAUCAACCCUUUGAGUGUAAUCAGUGUGGUAAAGCCUUUGCAUUUCCCAAUAGUCUUCAAAACCAUGAAAGAACACAUACUGGAGAGAAUCCCUAUGAAUGUAAUCUGCGUAGUAGAGUCUUUGCAAUUAAAUGUAAUCUUCAAAGUCACGAAAGAACACAUACUGGAAAGAAGCCCUCUGAAUGUAAUCAGUGUUAUAAAGCCUUUGCACAUAACAUUUUUCUUAAAAUUCAUAAAGGUACACUUACUGGAGGAAAAUCCUAUGAAUGUAAUCUGUGUGGUAAAGCCUUUUCUUUUCAAAGCUCUCUUCUAAGACAUAAAAGAACACAUACUGGAGAGAAACCCUAUGAAUGUAAUCUCUGUGGUAGAUCCUUUGCAUUUAAAUAUAAUCUUGAAAGUCAUAAGAGAACACAUACUGGAGAGAAACCCCAUGAAUGUAAUCAGUGUGGUAAAGGUUUUGCACGUCCUAGUCAUCUUCAAAUGCAUGAAAGAACACAUACUGGAGAGAAACCCUAUGACUGUAAUCUGUGUGGUAAAGGUUUUGCACGUCUUAGUCAUCUUCAAAUGCAUGAAAGAAUACAUACUGGAGAGAAACCCUAUGACUGUAUUCUGUGUGGUAAAACUUUUGCACGUCUUAGUCAGCUUCAAAGUCAUAAAAGAACACAUACUGGAAAGAAAUCCUAUGAAUGUAAUCAGUGUGGUAAAGCCUUUGCCCAUCACUCUUCUCUUAAAAGUCAUGAAAGAACACAUACUGGUGAGAAACCCUAUAAAUGUAAUCAGUGUGGUAGAGCCUUUGCACAUAACACUUCUCUUAAAAGUCAUGAAAGAACACACACUGGAGAGAAACCGUAUGAAUGUAAUCUGUGUGAUAAAGCCUUUGCCCAUCAGAGUCAUCUUCAGAGUCAUAAAAGGACACAUACUGGAGAGAAACCCUAUGAAUGUAAUCUGUGUGAUAAAGCCUUUUCUUGUAAAACUCUUCUUCGAAAGCAUAAAAGUAUACAUACUGGUGAGAAACCCUAUGAAUGUCAUCUGUGUGGUAAAGCCUUUGCCCAGCAGAGUCAUCUUCAGAGUCAUAAAAAAACACAUACUGGAGAGAAACCCUAUAAAUGUAAUGAGUGUGGUAAAGCCUAUGCACAUCAUACUUCUCUUAAAAGUCAUGAAAGAAUACAUACUGGAGAGAAACCGUAUGAAUGUAAUCUGUGUGAUAAAGCCUUUGCACAUCACACUUCUCUUAAAAGUCAUGAAAGAACACAUACUGGAGAGAAACCCUAUGAAUGUAAUCAGUGUGGUAGAUCCUUUGCACUUAAAUGUAAUCUUAAAAGUCAUAAGAGAACACAUACUGGAGAGAAACCCCAUGAAUGUAAUCAGUGUGGUAAAAGUUUUGGAGGUACUAGUAAUCUUCAAAUGCAUGAAAGAACACAUACUGGAGAGAAACCCUAUGACUGUAAUCUGUGUGGUAAAGGUUUUGCACGUCUUAGUCAUCUUCAAAUGCAUGAAAGAAUACAUACUGGAGAGAAACCCUAUGACUGUAUUCUGUGUGGUAAAGCUUUUGCACGUCUUAGUCAGCUUCAAAGUCAUAAAAGAACACAUACUGGAAAGAAACCCCAUGAAUGUAAUCAGUGUGGUAAAGCCUUUGCCCAUCACACUUCUCUUAAAAGUCAUGAAAGAACACAUACUGGUGAGAAACCCUAUAAAUGUAAUCUGUGUGGUAGAGCCUUUGCACAUCACGCUUCUCUUAAAAGUCAUGAAAGAACACAUACUGGAGAGAAACCCUAUGAAUGUAAUCUGCUUUGAAAAGCCUUUUCUUGUCAAACUUUUCGAAAGCAUAAAAGAAUACAUAUGGGAGAGAAACCUUGUGAGUGAAAUCACUGUAGCAAAGUCUAUAUAUAUCAUAGUUAUCUUCAAAAUCAUGAGUGAACGCGAACUGGAGAGAAACCCCAUGAAUGUAAUCUGUGUGGUAAAGUCUUUGCUUGUCAAAGUGUUCUUGGAAGGCAUUAAAAACCACAUAGUGGAUCCAAAACCUAUGAAUGUAAUGUGUGUGUUACAGUCUUUGCAAAUAACAGACAUCUUCAAUGGCAUAAAAGAACAAAUACUGGAGAGAAACCCUCCAAAUGUUAUCAGUGCGGUAAAGUCUUUGUCUAUUACACUCUUCUUCAAAUGCAUAAAAGGACUCAUACUCGAGUGAAA